AUGAGGCGUGCUCAUCUUCAUCCUCUCCACUCACUACAGGCUGAACCAGGUCUCGAAGAGGAUGAGAGUGUUGAAUCACUGAAAAGAGUUGCUGAAUUGAUCAGUUCUGGAAAAGCGAAAAAUAUUUGCCUUUUGUUGGGAGCAGGAAUAUCAACUUCAGCUGGAAUACCAGAUUUUCGUUCACCCAAUACUGGAUUAUAUCAUAAUCUUCAAAAAUUGAAUUUACCUUUCCCGGAAGCUGUGUUUGAAUUGAAUUUUUUCAACAGGAAUCCUGAACCAUUUUGGACUUUGGCUAAAGAAUUAUAUCCUGGUAAACAUUUCCCUACACCGACACAUUACUUCCUACCUUUAUUGCACAGACAUGGUCUACUCAAACGAGUGUUCACACAGAAUAUAGAUACUCUCGAAACAUUAGCGGGAUUACCACCAGACAUAAUCGUUGAAGCUCAUGGAUCAUUCGCUAAUUCACAUUGUCUGAGAUGUCGACGUGAAGUAGAUAGAGACGAAGUAUUGAAAGCGGGCGUAAGGAGAGGGGAGGUCGUGAGAUGUUCUGGCAAUAUCAAGAAAAAAGGAAAAGGAGAGCACGCUUGCGGAGGAUUGGUUAAACCUGAUAUCGUCUUUUUUGGUGAAGGUUUGCCUGAUAGAUUUUUCCGACUCAUUCCAGAACUCAAGCAAUGUGAUCUUCUCUUGGUCAUAGGCACUUCACUUCAAGUUCAGCCUUUUGCAUCCCUAGUCGAUCGAGUUCCAGCUACUUGUCCUCGGCUGCUUAUCAAUCGGGAACCAGUCGGACCAUUCUCGAAUCUACCUUCAACGCGCCCUACCGGUUUCACCAAAAACUUAGAUAAGAUCUUGCAUCAAGAGUCAACAGGACAUAACAUAGGACAUGAGAGCAGGGACAUGUACUGGGAAGGUGAUGCCGACGAAGGGAUAUCCCGCAUAAUAGAUCAAUUAGGCUGGAGAGAUGAAUUCGAGGAAUUGAUCGAGAACGGCAAAAAGCAGUUGGAGAAGCAGUAUGAAGACGCUGAAAGACUAGAAAGUCAGAUGGAAAAGAAGGAAGCGCAUACCGCCGAGAAGAAAGCCAAGAAGGGUACAGAAGCUGUAAAGGAAAUCGUAGGCGAAAAGACAGAAGGAGAAGAUCUAGAAGAAGCUAUCAGACGUCAAUUAAGAUUAUAA